AGGUGAACCGGGACUCUGUAAGUUCACAGCCGAACCGAUAACUGUUCUGAAGUGCCACAGUAGAAGAUCAAAUGUUUGUCUGCGGGACGCUCUGUCGGUCUUCUGCUCUGCAGCUCUUCAGAGUGUUUUCCACCAAAACUUUACCUACUCUGACUCUCUUCACCAAGGACCCUUGCUCUCUGUGUGAUGAAGCUAAAGAAGUGCUGGAGCAGUUCAAUCACAGGUUUGUUCUGCAGCAGGUGGACAUCACUCUUCCAGAGAACCGGUUGUGGUGGGACAGGUACCGCUGGGACAUACCUGUGUUCCACCUGAAUGGCCAGUUUGUGAUGAAACAUCGCGUGGACGUCGCCCUGCUGGACAAACUGCUGCAGGACAUUGAGUUGCAACAAUUUUAAGGGCUGACGCCUCGCUAAUCAAUAAAUGUCACCGAUCAAUCAGA